AUAGAAGAAGCUUUCGGGUGAGGUGGUUUUGGUUGGUUCUACUUGUGUCAAUUUGACCCUUUGUUGCUUUGCAGAAAAGUUAGAGAAAACGUGUGUAUCUCUCUCUUCUUCUUUAGCAAUCGCAAUAGCAUCCUCCUCCAUAAACAGUAUAUACUUUAACCAUAUCAUUUUCAUCGCUAACUUCUCCAUCAACCUACAAACAAACUAGAAAUCAUGUGCUGUGGAGAUGGUGAUUGUAGGCCAUUGGGCUUUCUCUUGGGCCUUCCCUUUGCCUUUCUCUCCCUCCUCAUCUCAAUCGUCGGCGUCGUCGUUUGGAUCGUGGGGUUGUUGUUGACUUGCAUAUGUCCAUGUUGUUUGUGCGUUACAGUAAUAGUGGAACUUGCUCUUGAGUUGAUCAAAGCUCCUAUCCAUGUAAUGGAAUGGUUCACUUCGCAAAUCCCUUGCUAAUUCCAUUUUUUAUGCUACCUACUCCCUUCUGUGUUGUGUUCUUAUUCCCUCUGGUUUUUGGUUGUGUAUAAAGAUAUGUUCUUUUUUCUCUUAUUACUUUGGUAAUAUUGAGGUAUAAUUCCUGUGUCUUGAUCUACCUUUGCAGACAUGGAUGAUACUCUGUUUGAUUUUUGUUGAUGUGAAUUAUUAUCAAUUUCUUUUCCAUGUUCGUU